AUGCAACAACGAGAACCUUCCGUUUCCUAUCUGUUGCCUUAUCCCAAUCACAAGAUCAAGGCUCAUCGGUUCGGAAUUAAUAAAUUAUUAUAUUUGGAACGAGAAGGAUCAGCAUCAACAACAUCAUGCACAGAAAAUACUCAUCAGUACCAGCCACAGGAUCAACAACAUUAUUUAUUUUCAGGAGGAAGAGAUGGAACGAUCAAAUGUUGGGCGCUUUAUGCUUCACAGCAACAGCAACAACAACAUCAACUACAAUCUCAACAUACUUCCCAAGAAUAUGCAAUGUCACCCACAAAAACCUCAUCAGGCUUUUUGCAUCAAUACCAUUCUCCACACCAAUUCAUGUUCAGUUUAGAAGAGCAUGUGGAUUGGGUGAGCGAUAUGAUCUUACUUCCGGAUAAGAGACAUUUAAUCAGUUGCAGUCAUGAUAAUACCAUCAUGCUAUGGGAUGUUGAUAUCAAUAAUCCACAACAUUGUUUAACAUAUAGAACGCACACAGAUUAUGUUACAUGCGUUGCAUCUCCUUACACAUUAUUAGGAGAAGCAUCGACUUGUUCGUUAUUUUGUUCUGGAGGUUUAGAUAGUUCUGUAUUCCUAUGGGACGCCGAGAGAUUGGUGUCCAUUCGGAAAUACUUUGCUUCUCUUAAUAAUCAAGCAAGUCCAAACAUGCAAGACAAUUCUCCUUCCAUGAAAACCAUUCAACAAUAUGAUAUACAGAGUUUACAAAGCUACUAUCCACCACAAUUAAGUCCACAACCAAAACACAGUAUUUAUGCACUGGCCAUGUCUACAUGUAGCGCCAACCAUAACUCCUCAGUUAUAGAUCAACAUGUGAUGGUUGCUGCUGGCUCUACAGAUCAAAUGGUUCGACUUUACGACUUUAGAACCUCAACAAAAAUUGGAAAAUUACGUGGCCACAAAGACAAUAUUCGUUGUGUCUUGUUGUCGGUUGACGGAAAAAAAUGUUUUACUGGAUCAACGGAUGGCACUGUGAAAUGUUGGGAUUUAAAAACUCAACGAUGCUUACAAACAUAUUCAUUUUCAAAUCCUAAAACAUCCACUCCUUCAUCGGUAUGGACAUUGGAGUUUGAUCCUCAAGAUCCUGAUCAAAACACAAUAAUUGUAGGCACACGAGAAGGUCUAGUUUAUCAUCUUGACACAAAAUAUAGAAAAUCAUGCACCAUCGCUAAUCUUCAUUCCAUUAAUCCACACUACGAUAAUAGAAAUUCAGUUCUAAGUACCUUAAUUAUUCCAAGCAGAAAUAACAAGGUGAAUAGUACUCUCUGGGUUGGAGCUCUAGAUUCCAAUUUAUAUGAAUUUGAAUAUGGAAGAAUUGUGGAAAAUGUUAACAAUAAUUCCAAGGACAUAUUUUCUCAAGAUGGUGUGACAGUUAUGGCAAGCACUCCAAAAUCUGCAUCAAGCUCAUUUUCUCAUAUGGAUUUUUCAUCUCCAGUGACAGCUUCCAACCUUGUAGAAAAUCCCACCACACCAAAAACUCCAAGUUCACGAAGUCGAGCCAGUAGUUUUCUUGUUCAAAGAAGAGCUUUCAGUGUCAAUGCUGGAAUCUCACAUUACAUGCCUCGAUCAAAAAUUCCUGGAUGUCCUGGCAUCAUUGAACAUUUUAUUUUAAAUUGCAGAAAGCGAGUACUCGUGAAGGAUAAUUCUGGACGAAUUUCCCUAUGGGAUAUCACAAGUGGGAAAAUGAUUGAAGAUUUUGGAAAUUCACAUUCCUCCAUGGUUGACGAAGGGAAAGAUUUAUUUGAAAUAUUAUGUGCUGAUUUUUCAAAAGAAAUGAUUUCAGUAAGAAAUUGGUUCACUGUUGAAAAGAAAUUGGGCUCACUUGAAAUCGUGUUAACACCCAACGAGUGUUUUAAUGCUGAAAAUUAUGCAUAUGAAUCAGGUUUUUUAGAUUGUGAAGAAGAAGACAAGGUUAAUUAUGGAGUCAUGAUUAUACAGGCACUCUUUCGACGAUGGAGAGAAAAACGAAUUGAAUUAUUGUCAGCUCGACAACAAGCAAGACAAAAUAUUGAACAUGAUACCAAUGAUGAAACCAUGAUGCAUUAUGACGCUCAUGCACCACUUUCUUCAGAUGAUUCUUCACAACAACCACCAUCUUCAUCCACAGCAGUAGAAUUUCAACAACAACAAUCGCAACAACACUCAGAAUCCAUCAAUCAGAGAGCUGAACGAAAAUUUGAUUUACCUGAGAACACAGCUGUGAUUAUACAUUUUGAAAAAACUUGCUCAGACAAGAGUCCUUUCAAAAAACAAAUUCGACAUUUUGACGGAGAGGAAUCUGAAGGUUUUCCAAUUCCUCAAUGGGUUGUGGAUAUUACCAAUGGAGUGCCUCCAAAUGUGAAUCCUCAAUCUCACAAAUUAUCGUUUUAUUUGGAACCUGCACCAGAUGAACCAUUCUUGAAACCCUUACAACCAAAUUCUGCCAAAUCAUUGGCACAUCGUAUUUUGAGAAUUUACAAAGUUGCCUUGCAUGUGGUGAACAAGUUGAAUAUUGAAUUACCAACUUUUGGUGAAUUGGAAGAAAUUAAGCGAAAAUAUUACGAAUACAAGAGAAAAGAGCAUGAAUUGAAUCCAGAUCAAGUUCCUCUUGUGACACGAGAGAGCGAUGAAGCUUUUGAUGAGUCACUGAUACUACCACUAAACAUUGAUCCCAAUCAACGAUGUAAACCUGAGGACUUUAUUGAGGUGUUCUGUCAAGGGCACCGAAUGAAGAAUCGAUGGAAUUUGGCAAUCGCUAAUGCAUUCUUUAGACCAAAAAACGUUUCCUACAUUACAUUACAUUACAGACAGAGGUAUUUGAUACCUCCAUCUGUGCGACAAUGA